UAAAUGUGGCGCACAGACCUCCCCGUUCUAGCCAGAGGAAUGUUUAGACGCCGUUUCUUCUUGAGGGCUGAAGCGGAGGCAUUUCUCUGCGUUAACUGCCCACAGCUCCCGGAAAAUCAAAUUUGCUACAUUGGCUCACGAGACACGGGGCGGUGGAACGGAACCUAUAUAAUCAAAGUGAGAGCGGACAAAAGUGACAAAAGGAAUUCCUUCCUACUGUGAGCUGGUUUUGGAUAGCGCACGCUGUGUCAUCACUCAUGGAUAAACCCUCGCCUUUUUAAAGUUUGUUAUCGUUAUCGUGAAAUCAGAGCAGUUGAAUUAAAGCGGACCUUUAAAUCCACGGAUUAACAGAACGUCGGCAUUAAAACAAUGGGUCACCAGACAGUGAGGAGAUGGGGAGAGCCGUGGUGUUAGCUGUGCGGAUAAACGUGUGGAGCAGUUAAAGGGAAAACAAAAUCAGGGUGUGAAGUACGGGGAAUUCUGAAAAAAAGUGCGUAAAUCCCAGCAAUGGCAUCCAGCUUGACCUGUGCAGGUGUGGUGUGGGCUCUGCUGUCCUUCCUGUGUGCCGUGGCCUCUUGCGUGGGCUUCUUUAUGCCCUACUGGCUGCUGGGCUCGCAGAUGGACAAGCCGGUGUCCUUCGGGACUUUCCGGCGCUGCUCGUACCCGGUGCGGGACGAGGUGCGGCAGACGACCGUGAUGCUGGAGCAGUGCGGCCGCUACGCCUCCUUCCAGGGCAUCCCCAGCCUGGAGUGGCGCAUCUGCACGGUGGUGACGGGCGUGGGCUGCGGCCUGCUGCUGCUGGUGGCCCUCACCGCCCUCAUGGGCUGCUGCAUCUCCGACCUCAUCUCCCGAACCAUUGGACGCGUAGCUGGGGGGAUCCAGUUCGUUGGGGCCUUGCUGAUUGGUUCGGGAUGUGCCCUGUAUCCACUGGGCUGGGACAGCGAGGAGGUCCGACAAACCUGCAGCAACAGUUCCAACCAGUUUGAACUGGGCUCCUGUGAGAUAGGAUGGGCCUAUUACUGCACUGGAGCAGGUGCCCUGGCAGCCAUGUUAGUGUGCACCUGGCUCGCUUGUUUUGCCGGGAAGAAGCAGAAGCAAUACCCCUACUAAACGAGGAGUCACAAUCACCACCAGCAAGGCCACGAUGACCACCAGGGAUGAACCAUGAGGAUGGCCAUAAUGACCUUCAAGGGACUGGCCUCCAGUAGAAGGGAGUGGGCAGCGUAGGCGGAGUGUCAGUAUUUCACAAAAUGCCUCAGUGUGAACCUAUGAGACAUGUCCUCAGGCCCAAGACUUAGACUGACUUCAGUGUGCUGUCCAUCCUGAGACACUGAUAGACUGCAUUGGCAUCACAAGAACCGGACAUUUCAUUUGACUUACUCUUCUUAAAAUGCUUUUCAAAGGACCAAGCUUUCCUCUCCUUUCAACUCCACUAGCUUUCCUUUACAAACAUGUUCUGCUCUUCUAGUGUCCUGGUCAUUUGCACUCUUGUAGCAGCGCACCCAGCUAAGGUGAGAAAAUAUAAAGGAAUAGUAUGGUGAUUCUUCGCUGUCGUGUUUUUAUUUAUAUUUUCCUUCUGUUUGACUUGUUUCC